CCCCCCCUCCCCCUCCCCUUUAGGUUGCUUUCUCCGCUGCCUGGACUUGUUCUUCCUUUCACCUCCUCGUUAGGUUUGCUGCUCCCUUCCUCUCAGGGUUUCCCUGUGCUCCCCUUGCCUCCCUUCCUGCCCACCCUUUUCGCCUCCUUGCUAACUUACUCUAUCACCUUGUUGGUUUGGACUGUCUUCGCUUUUCUCUUAUGUACCUUAUAUCGAUCGGCUCGCGUAUGGAUUUUAUUUUCUACGUGCGCGUUGCUUGAGUUGUAGGGUAGGUCUUCUAUGAAUUCGGCAAAGUUCGGCGGAUUUCGAGAUAAAAGCAGACGUAGACGCCGCGACACAGACAGCAGUUUGUGCGCUUGACAGAGAAGACAGGUAAUGAAGGAGAGAAAACAUGGCGAGGACUCCGAUGGCGUGCACAGUUGCCGGUAAUUCGAACACGCGCUCGAGGUGUGUCACUGAAACGGUGAAUGGUUCGCAUCAUUUUACAAUCAAUGGCUAUUCUUUAGCCAAAGGCAUGGGAGUAGGGAAGUAUAUUGCCAGCGAAAGCUUUUCUGUUGGGGGUUACCAGUGGGCCAUCUACUUUUAUCCGGAUGGGAAGAACGCCGAGGACAAUUCUCUUUAUGUGUCGGUUUUUAUUGCAUUAGCUAGCGAGGGCACAGAUGUGCGAGCGCUUUUUGAAUUGACCCUCUUGGAUCAGAGCGGCAAGGGCAAGCACAAGGUGCACAGUCAUUUUGAUCGCUCCCUGGAGAGCGGCCCAUACACUCUUAAGUAUCGGGGCAGCAUGUGGGGUUACAAGCGCUUUUUCAGGCGUGCCGUCCUGGAGACAUCAGAUUUCCUGAAGAACGAUAGCUUGGCAAUUACCUGCACUGUCGGUGUGGUAGUGUCUUCCACGCAAGGUCCUAGACUGUACUCUAUCCCUGUUCCUGAGCCAGACUUGGGACAUCAUUUCGGCGCCCUGCUGGACAGUGGUGAAGGCGCUGAUGUGAAGUUCGAAGUGGACGGAGAGUUGUAUCAUGCCCACAAGCUGGUUUUGGCUGCCCGGUCGCCCGUAUUUAAAGCACAGCUUUUUGGGCCUAUGCGGGAUCGCAAUAGUGACCAUAUCGAAAUCAAAGAUAUCGAACCCCCAGUGUUUAAAGCGCUGCUACAUUUUAUCUAUCGAGAUUCUUUACCUGAUACGAAAGAGCUUAUUGGAGCACCGUCAACAUCCACUCUGUUAGCCCAGCACCUUUUGGCUGCAGCAGAUAGGUAUGGCCUAGAUCGACUUCGAUUACUAUGCGAAUCCAAGUUGUGCGAGAAUGUCAGUGUAGAUACCGUGGCGACGACUCUUGCCCUUGCAGAGCAUCAUCACGCCGCAGAGCUUAAGGCGGUUUGUUUGAAGUUUGCAGCCUCAAACCUUGCUGCUGUGAUGCACUCUGAGGGGUUUGAAUACCUUCGCGAUAGUUGUCCCACGUUGCAGUCUGAGCUGUUAAAAACAGUCGCUGGUGUUUACGAAGAAGGCGUCGGUACAGGUGUAACCUCUAAUCGAAAUCGUAGUGUUUGGGGCCAGUUAUCUGACGGAGCCGAUGCCGGGGGUAGGAGGGUUAGACCCAGGACUUAGUCCGCACUCCGACCACUAAUUAUGCAGGAUUAGCCUGUUGUUUCUUUGAGACCAUGAUUUACUUCAUCUGAAGUCCUACGGUGCGAGGGAGUUCUAUCUGGAGUGAACUUCACUACCUGACGAGGAUCAUGAGGUUGUCUGUUGGUGUGGCCUUUAUUUUGUCCUCGCAGUGAGUUGUGAAGGUUUACCGCUUGGUACAUAGGGAGAUAGUGUCUUGUGUUCAAGUUCAGAUGAUAUUUUAUGCUAGAGAGCGAGUGGCCUGUAUCUAAAAUCCAUCCGAGUGCAUCUCGUUAUCCUCUUGAACAAAUGAAAGUCCUUCGGCAUGGGUGUCUCAGAUUUGGAAGCUGGUAAAUAGGCUAUCAUUGAGAUGCCAAGUGCUUUGUGUUGAUUCCCAGUAAUUUUCAUCACUCAUGCGUUUGCUCAUUUAAGCACGCACUAUCGUGUGCA